AUGCCUCCUAAACGACGCGCCUACGAGGCCAUUGACCUCACAGGAGACGACGAUGCGCCCGCCUACUCUUCGAGCCCGCGCCGCGCACCCAAGCAAGCUCGUACAUCGCACAACCAAGCGCAACGCACUACAUCUGGCUCGUCGCAAGCAGAUGCCAUCUUUAUCGACGAAGACGACGAAGACGACGCCUCCCAGGAAGUCCCGGAUGCGACGCAAGCAUACAACCAGCAGCAGUACGACUACAUACUAUAUGGCAUCAAGGACGACAAGGUUGUGGGCUUGCGAUUCUACAAUGGAUACGCAACGAAGGGCGAGAUGGUGAUUCUGAGUCGCGAACCCCACAAUAGGUUUGACAGUAAUGCGAUCAAAGUGAGCAACGUACAAGGUGCACAGAUCGGACACCUUCCACGAGGACCCGCAUCCAAGUUGGCCAAAUACAUGGACGAGCGCAGUCUGCUUAUCGAGGCGCAGCUCACAGAGGAGAAGGGCGAAUAUGACUGCCCUAUGCAGCUUAAGCUAUACGGCACUAAUGACCCAGCCGUGAAGCAACAGCUCAUGACACGGAUGCGACGCGACGGACUUCCUAUCGGACAUGCUUCAGACCAACAGCGCAAGGAAGCUGCGGCUGCGAAGGCGGCUGCGAAGGAACGCGAGCGUAUAGCCAAGCAAGCCGCCAAAGAGGCCAAAAAGAAGGGCGCCGCCGUGGUGGGUGUUGCGGGUAGCCAGGCACCCGAGAGUAGCAUGGGCGAAUUUGCUGGUAGCUCUUCACAGGGACCAGGUCUCGUGCCAGGGCCUAGUAUGGAAGACAUCAUCGGCGGAAGCCUACGCUUCAACCCAAGAAACGUCGAGGAGAUGGUGGAAGAGUACGGCGUCAAGGAAGAAGACCUGGCGAAAAUGCCACAAGCGCCCCAACCCGACGCUCUUCUCACUGAGCUGCACCCCUUCCAGCUGCAAGGCCUGCAAUGGAUGCUCGACAAGGAAAGCCCCAGACUACCAGCACCGAAUACCAGAGAAGUGGUCCAGCUAUGGCGGCGACACACUCGCGACCAGAACGCCUUCACGAACGUAGCAACGAAUUUCUCGAUCAAGAAUCCAACACUAGCUUCUGGGGGUAUCCUGGCCGAUGACAUGGGCCUGGGAAAGACUAUUCAGACCAUCUCGCUCAUUCUGGCGGAUCGUGCACUGAACCUCCGCGCAGACGAUUCAUCCGGUGCCACGCUGAUCCUUGCUCCCGUAUCGGUGAUGAGCAACUGGAGCACUCAGAUGAAGAAGCAUGUCAAGCCCGAACACGCUCUUCGUGUUAUGUUCUGGCAUGGUCAAAGGAAGGAACCCAUCACACCCAAGUCGAUCGAAAACUACGAUGUCGUGAUCAGCACCUACGAGUCUGUUGCUUCUGACUGGUACUCGCAGACGAAGCCUACUGUUCCACGACGAUCCGGACCCUUCUCUAUCAAGUGGCGCCGCGUCAUCCUCGAUGAGGGCCAUGGCAUAAGGAACCCGAAAGCCAAGAAGACGAUCGCCAUUACCAAUUUGAUCGCGCAGUCCCGCUGGACGCUUACUGGCACUCCAAUCAUCAACAAUCUCAAGGAUCUCUACUCUCAAGUCCGUUUCCUACGUCUUUCGGGUGGUCUUGACUCUUUCGAAAUCUUCCACAGUGCCAUCAUGCGUCCAGUCAUGCAAGGCGACGUCCAAGGCCACAAGGUGCUCCAGCAGCUGAUGUCAGGUAUCUGUUUACGUCGCAAGAAGGAGAUGUCAUUCAUUGACCUACGACUACCUGAGCUGUCCGAAUACGUACAUAAGAUCAAGCUACAUCCGCAUGAACAGGAGAAGUACGACGCCUUGGAGGCUCAGGCUAAGGGUACGCUGGACGUCUACAAGCACAACAUCGGGAAGAAGAACGCCGGGGACACUUACCGCCAUCUCCUUGAGGUACUGCUCCGAAUGCGACAAGUUUGCAACCACUGGCAGCUCGUGGGCGAAGAGCGCCUCGACUCCAUCAUGAAACAGCUCGAAGCAGAAGGUGUCGUCGAUCUUACAGAAGAGAACAAGGCCGCGCUCCAGAAGAUGCUUCAACUCUCCAUCGAAUCGCAGGAAGACUGUCCGAUCUGCUUGGACGUAUACAAAGAGCCCGUCAUCACCAAAUGCGCUACGUCUUCUGCACUCCCUGUCUAG